AUGGCAGCUGUACAGGGCGUGAAACGUACAAUCUCCUGGUCAGAUAAAAGCAUUUCUGUACUUCUUGAAGCACUUAAAGUUCGAGAGAGUUUGUGGAACUCUAAAAUAUUAGAAUAUAGAGACAGGAAUGUAAAAAAGACACAAUACGAGGAAAUAGUUGCGAUUCUUAGCGAAGAUAUUCCUGAUAUCGAUUUGCCAGCUGUAAAAGGUACAUGUCAGUAUUUUUGUUUCUGUAGUUUAUAACUAUUUAGCAGCUAGUUUACGAGGUAAUGACAGUUUUGCGAAACCUCAAGGUGUUCAUACACAAUUCACUCAAAUAUAUCAAUGUACUAAGAUCUUUUUACGGCAUGCCCAUCCCAUUGCUAAUUCUGAUUAAACUUGUGUGCAUGAGUAGGGCCUGUAGGGGUUUAAAACUUCACUUGCAUGAAAUGCUUUAUCAGAUAUUAUCCCUCAUUGUGCAUGUAGUUACAUUCUUAAACUUAGGGACUGGUCAUUAUUUAUGGUGAAGGGUGGCACCGAAGAGAAAUGUUUUUCGUGGCAAAAAAUAAUGCUGACCCAACCAUUAAAAAGUAAAAUAUUUGAUUACCCAACCUCAAAUAUCAAUUAAAAAAGAAAUACCCACCUCUGGUCAAAAACUUUACAAAAAGAUACCAUUCAGUUGUCACACAAGUUCCUUACCACUUCUGUGACAUGAGUUUGAUAAUGGAUUGCAAAAUUUUCUGCAGUCUAAAGUUUCACAUUGUCUGCACAUCCAACAAAUCGGAAAAUGAUCAAGAUAGUGACUCUGAUUGAUUCACAUAUUGUAUUGACGUAUGACUGUUGACAUUGCUUUUUAGUCUCCAAUAUUUCAGUGAGUUAUGCUUUGGAAAUGACAAUAAAUUUUUAUUACCCAACCCUUGAGUUGUUUUGCUUUGUUUUGUUUUUCAUUUACCCAACCUUUUACUCACUCAAAAUUUUGUUUACCCAACCAUUUUAUCUUUGGUGCCACUCCCCACCAUAAAUAAUGACCGGUCCCUUACUACUCUGUGUGCUUCCCAAUAUCCUAUUAUGUUGGGAAACAAUGUCAGAAUUGUCAUGCUUCUACAUGCAUCAUAAAACACUUAGUAACAGUUAUACUAGUAAAGCCAUAUAUGGUUAAUCUGUUUUCAAAUUUGUCAUUCCAUAUAUUUCUUUGGUCACUGUUGCAGCUAAGAUUCAAGGACUACGUACAACAUUUCGUGAAGAAGUUCGGAAAGUUAAAAAAAGUGAACAUACUGGUUCUGGGUCAGCAGAUGUCUAUGUCCCCAAGUGGAAGUUUUUUAAUGAAUGCAUGUUCCUUGAAGACGUUGUAGCAUCAAAUCGACCACAAUGCACCAACUUACAAGUAGGCCUGCUAAUGGGCAACGAAGAUGACGAGGAUGAUAUUUUAUACAAAGAAUUGCAUGCAACUGAGACUGCGAGCACAAGCAGUGAAACGUCAUCUGAGGCAGCAGGUGCUCACCCAAAAAGAAGAAAGAAAAGCUCAGAGGACAAUCAUUGGAUGGAGACUGCGGCAAAUGCACUUACCCAUUUGUCAAAUCAAGAGGAUGAUGAGCUAGAUGAAUGGGAUAUUUUUGGGAAAGAUGUAGCUAAUUCUCUCAGAUCACUUAACAAUCCAGACUGGCAAAGGCGUGCUAAGUUUGCAGUGCAAACAGCUAUUUUUCAAGUUACAGAAAAAGCAAGGCACCCCUUUUCUGUCUCCCAGGUGCCCAUAGUUAGUAAUGCACAAGUGAUAGAACCUUUGUUUUCAAGUAUGAGUAAUUGA